CCACAGGUGAGCCCCUCCCCAAACUAAUGCAAUCCUUUGUACGUGGUGCAUUUGACGCCAAAGUUGCGUGGCUAAGUAGUUGCAUGGAUGAAUUUAUUCCCCGAAGCAUGGAACGUAAACAUAUUUAAAUUAUUAUGGAGGCACGUACACUGAUCGCGGAUGGUCAAGGAAGCUCCAACACUUUCUUAUCUAAUCUCCUUGAUUUUUGCAUCGAUUCUUUCAACUCCUGUUUCUCUCGUGAGGCGGACAAACUUUGCGUUCCCAUCGGUCUCAGUUCUCUUUCUGCGCUGCUUUUGCUGUUGUCAUGCUUUGUCCUCGUGCAUCAGAGGUGCAAAUGUCGUGCAGAAAACCCAGGAGGCGUCCUCUUCGUCUACUGCUUCGUCGGAAACCUCUGCGGCACAGUUGGAGCCAUUCUGUCCAGACAGCUGAGUAUUCAGAUUUUAAUGGGUGCUUUUGCUGCUGCUUUGGAUGCAGUUCAUUUUAUUUCUUGCUGCUUCCUACUGUUGCUGUGCUGGAAUUCAAUGACAGAAAGGAGGCUGCAGAUGAUGAGGAAGCGGAGAAGACAGCAACUCCUUGCAGUGUGCGUACUGAUGGUGGUUGCGGGAGGUUUUCUGAAACCCAGGGUCAGCCACCACCAAGCAGAUUUGCCUCCCAAUGGGAGGAGACUGCUGUAUGUCAUCCUCCGAGACAACACUGAAAUCCUGGGCUAUGCACUUGGCAUGAUCUCUUUUGUCAUUGCCUGUACCUCCAGAUUUCCUUCACUCUGCAGAGCCUACAGAGGACAGAUGUUGACCUGGGCCUACAUGUUAUCUGGACUGCUGUGCUCACUGGCUGGUGUGCUCUACACUGCUGCCAUACUCCUCUAUGACACUCGGUUUCAGUUUCUUCUGAGAGCCAUGCCCUGGCUGUUGUCAGCAAUAUGCUGUGUCACCCUGGACCUACUGAUUCUUUCUAUCCACUGGUGCAAGAGGGGAACCAGACAGCACCCUAUGAGGGUUUCUCCGGACACAGAGAGCCUUUUAGAUGGCUCAGGCAUCCUCACUGAGGAGAAAGCUGUCAUGAAGAAUCACAGCAAACAGCACAUGCAUUCAUCAGCACAAGCAAAGAUGAAUAAUCUCCAGAACAAGACUGAAAUGGGCCGUUACAUGGAUGUCAGUAUUCACCCUGCAAGAAGAAAAUACCUAAAGGAGGUGACGAUGUCCAAGGAGGAGAUGGUCAACCAGCUUGCUCCCAGCACACUGCGAGUGGUCAGAGUUGACAGUUUCUGCUCUUCGGAUACAUCCUAUGACUCUUCACUAGUCAGUUCGGAUCUGGAGUGGGAUUUCGAAGAGGCAAAUGUCCAGUGGAGAGAACAAACAGUAAAACAGCAGAAGAGGAAUGAGUUCCCCCUCAAAGAGUGGCUAACAAACCCCAAACCCUUUAACACCUGUGCCAUACCUGGAUUCCAACAGAAGACACAGUCUGAUACAGUAGAGAGUGUGUGUGUUGUUGCUGUAAAUUUUGAGAAAUGACACAAAUGUCAGUCGGUUACUAAUAUGUUACUGCAUCCACUACACACCUUAAUUUGAGAGGUAAUAAAAGCUGCAAACAUUGA